AUGGAGCAGCACGUGCUGGUGGCGCUCGCCCUCUCUUUCGUCGGCGGCCUCAGCACCUCCCUCGGUGCGCUGCUUGUGAUCGUCAACCCUUCCCCUGACCUCAAGAGGCUCGGCCUCCUCCAGGGUUUUGCUGCUGGACUUAUGUUGAGCAUCUCGUUUCUAGACUUGGCACACAACGCACUCAACUCCAUUGGCUUCUUGAAGGCCAAUCUAUGGUUUUUUGCAGGAGUUCUUUUCUUUGGGUUCGUUGUCAAGUUUAUUCCAGAGCCAACCUUUGUGCCAACAACUGAUGCAAGCAAGAAAAAGACUGAUGAUGACGGGUCGGGCAAAGAUAUGAUGAAAAAACAUCGCCGCCAAGUCUUAUUCAGUGGCAUCAUUACUGCUGUUGGAAUUAGCUUGCACAAUUUUCCCGAGGGAAUGGCGGUAUUUCUUGGAUCCGUGAAGGGUCUUCGCGUGGGAGUUAACUUGGCUAUUGCUAUUGCUUUACAUAACAUACCCGAGGGGGUUGCUGUAGCUCUGCCACUCUAUUUUGCUACCAAAAGCAAAUGGCAAGCAUUUAAAUAUGCAACACUCUCUGGUUUGGCUGAGCCACUAGGGGUAUUUUUUGUAGCUGUCUUGUUUCCGAGCAACUUAAAUCCUGAAAUUCUUGAAGGCCUACUUGCAUCAGUUGGUGGUGUUAUGGCUUUCCUCACUUUGCAUGAGUUGUUACCUCUAGCAUUUGACUAUGCUGGUCAGAAGCAAGCUGUCAAAGCAGUCUUUGUUGGCAUGGCCGUCAUGUCUGCGAGGGUGAAUUUAUGGCAUGAAGGUUGCAUUAGUAUAAUAAUAUGUUUGCAGCAGUGUUUGACAAUAGGCUUAAACAUACUGGUCCCUUCACCCAAACAAAAAUAUUGA